AACUCAGGUUGGUGUGUCCCAAGGGCAUAAUAUGUGUCCAGACCCUGGCAUACCCGAAAGGGGCAAAAGACUAGGCUCGGAUUUCAGGUUAGGAUCCAGCGUCCAGUUCACCUGCAACGAAGGCUAUGACCUGCAAGGGUCCAAACGGAUCACCUGUAUGAAAGUGAGCGACAUGUUUGCGGCCUGGAGUGACCACAGGCCAGUCUGUCGAGCCCGCAUGUGUGAUGCCCACCUUCGAGGCCCCUCGGGCAUCAUCACCUCCCCCAAUUUCCCCAUUCAAUAUGACAACAAUGCACACUGUGUGUGGAUCAUCACAGCGCUCAACCCCGCCAAGGUAGGGGGAGAGCCAGGGAAAAUACUCAUAUAAUGCAACAAGGAGGUUUUGAGUGUGGAAAUUCAAAGACUAAGACUGAAGAAUAGAAGCUGCCUUCUUGUAAACAACAGGGAAAACAGAUGCUGUGUGCCUGACCCUGUUCAUGGAACUGGUUCACAGGUGAUCAAGCUUGCCUUUGAGGAGUUUGAUUUGGAGAGGGGUUAUGACACCCUGACAGUUGGGGACGGUGGGCAGGACGGAGACCAGAAGACGGUUCUUUACAUCCUGACAGGUACAUCGGUCCCAGAUCUCAUUGUCAGCACCAACCAUCAAAUGUGGCUCCUCUUCCAGACCGAUGGCAGUGGCAGCUCCCUGGGAUUCAAGGCUUCUUACGAAGAGAUCGAGCAGGGCAGUUGCGGUGACCCUGGCAUACCUGCCUAUGGCCGGAGGGAAGGCUCCCGUUUUCACCAUGGCGAUACACUCAAGUUUGAGUGCCAGCCUGCCUUUGAGCUGGUGGGGCAGAAGGCAAUCACGUGCCAAAAGAAUAACCAGUGGUCGGCUAAGAAGCCAGGCUGCGUGUGUAAGUGA